GGUGUGGGCGCUCUCCGCGCACUGCGCGCGGUGCUCCAGCUCCCGGCGGACGCCCGGACGCCCGGACGCCCUGCAGAUAAAUGCGUCGCCUUCCUCAAGAGUGAGCAAGGGCGGGCGAGGCAGACGCAGACGCCGCCAGUGACAGUGGCAGUCCUCGCGCCCCACAUUACAUUUGUCUGCCACAGCAGCAACAACAGAAAAGCGGAGGGAGGGAGUGACGGAGGGAGGGAGGCGGGAGCAGGGUAGCGGAGCUCUGCGAGUCUUGGGGUCUGCGUGGAGGCUGCGUUUGGCUGACGUCCCAGACCCCGGGCUUUUUGCCCCGCAGCUCUCCGUGAGCAGUACCUGGCGGCUGCAGGCGCUCGGCGGCGGCACUCCGCGGCCUCGUGGUGAGCGCGCGUGGGCGAGUGGCCGCUGGUACUCUGGCCUCCCGAGGGAAGCGGCGCCGCGCCCUCGCCCCCUCGCCCCGCGGGCCGGCCGAGACGACGGGAAGUUUUAUUUGCAGCUCGGAGCCGGUGGCGGAUGGUGGGACUCUCCGACCCUGUGCAGUAAAAGAUUGAUCUCUGGGCUGGUGAACAUAAUAUCUGUCCCAGUCAGAAAAGGAGAGAGGAGAUUAGCAGAGCGAUUGGUGGAGAAUGAUAUCUGUCAAAAGAAACACUUGGAGAGCACUGAGUUUAGUAAUAGGUGACUGCCGGAAAAAAGGGAACUUUGAAUAUUGUCAAGAUCGGACUGAGAAGCACUCCACGAUGCCAGACUCACCUGUGGAUGUGAAGACUCCAUCUAGGCUGACUCCUCCCACGAUGCCACCACCCCCAACAACUCAAGGAGCCCCGAGAACCAGUUCAUUCACACCGACGACAUUAACUAAUGGCACAAGCCAUUCACCCACAGCCUUGAAUGGUGCCCCCUCGCCGCCCAAUGGCUUUAGCAAUGGGCCUUCCUCUUCUUCCUCUUCUUCUCUGGCUAAUCAACAGCUGCCCCCAGCCUGUGGCGCCAGGCAACUCAGUAAGCUGAAACGGUUCCUAACUACCCUGCAGCAGUUUGGCAAUGACAUUUCGCCAGAGAUAGGAGAAAGAGUUCGCACCCUCGUACUAGGACUGGUGAACUCCACUUUGACAAUUGAAGAAUUUCAUUCCAAGCUGCAAGAAGCUACUAACUUCCCACUGCGACCUUUCGUCAUCCCAUUUCUGAAGGCGAACCUGCCCCUGCUGCAGCGCGAACUCCUGCACUGCGCCAGGCUGGCCAAACAGAACCCUGCCCAGUACCUCGCCCAGCACGAACAGCUGCUUCUGGAUGCCAGCACCACCUCACCUGUUGACUCCUCAGAGCUGCUUCUCGACGUGAACGAAAACGGGAAGAGGCGAACUCCAGACAGAACCAAAGAAAAUGGCUUUGACAGAGAGCCUUUGCACUCAGAACAUCCAAGCAAGCGACCAUGCACUAUUAGCCCAGGCCAGCGGUACAGUCCAAAUAACGGCUUAUCCUACCAGCCCAACGGCCUGCCUCACCCCACCCCACCUCCACCUCAGCAUUACCGUUUGGAUGAUAUGGCCAUUGCCCACCACUACAGGGACUCCUAUCGACACCCCAGCCACAGGGACCUCAGGGAGAGAAACAGACCUAUGGGGUUGCAUGGCACACGGCAAGAAGAAAUGAUUGAUCACAGACUAACUGACCGAGAAUGGGCAGAGGAGUGGAAGCAUCUUGACCAUCUGUUAAACUGCAUAAUGGACAUGGUAGAGAAAACAAGGCGAUCUCUCACUGUGCUAAGGCGAUGUCAGGAAGCGGACCGGGAGGAGCUGAAUUACUGGAUCCGGCGGUACAGCGAUGCUGAGGACUUAAAAAAGGGCAGCAGCAGUAGCAGCAGCCACUCCAGGCAGCAGAGUCCUGUCAACCCAGACCCAGUUGCAUUAGAUGCGCAUCGGGAAUUCCUUCACAGGCCUGCUUCUGGAUAUGUGCCAGAGGAGAUCUGGAAGAAAGCUGAGGAGGCUGUUAACGAGGUGAAGCGCCAGGCGAUGACUGAGCUGCAGAAGGCUGUGUCCGAAGCCGAGCGGAAAGCCCAUGACAUGAUCACGACGGAGCGGGCCAAGAUGGAGCGCACGGUUGCCGAGGCCAAGCGGCAGGCGGCGGAGGAUGCGCUCGCUGUCAUCAAUCAGCAGGAGGAUUCUAGUGAGAGCUGCUGGAACUGUGGCCGCAAAGCAAGUGAAACCUGCAGCGGCUGUAACACAGCCCGAUACUGUGGCUCGUUUUGCCAGCACAAAGACUGGGAAAAGCACCACCACAUCUGUGGACAGACCCUGCAGGCCCAGCAGCAGGGGGACACGCCUGCAGUCAGCUCAUCUGUCACACCCAACAGCGGGGCCGGGAGCCCCAUGGACACACCACCAGCAGCCACCCCAAGGUCAACCACCCCGGGGACCCCUUCCACCAUAGAGACAACCCCUCGCUAGAUGUGAACUCAGAACUGUCAGAGGAAAGGCAACACGACCAACAUGAAUCCAAU